GUUGCCACUCGGACGCAAAUACGGGUCGGACAUCAUUUACAAUCGGCUCUCUGUUUGAUAUUUAUCCAGUGUGAAAUUACCGUUAAAUAUUUUUCCGGUCGGUUAUUGUUGUGUUAAUGCAAAUGUUCACGUAAUUCAAACGUUAACGGACACUCGGUGGCAGUUAGAACGGACAAAAAUAACCGUUGGUGAACCCGGAGUGGCGGAAUGUGUGAACCGCUACAUGCUACGUGUCCAGUUAGCUGUUAGCUGUUAGCAGUUAGCUGUUAGCCCGAGGGAGGCUUUUAGCUAACUCACAGAAACAUCAGAACAAGCCGGUUACAAACAUGGACUUCUGGCUAACUUCUUAAUUUAAUGAACGCAUAGUCAAAGCUGUGAAGUGGCGGGAGUGUCUGUAUGGAGUUAACAUGGAGGACAGUUUGAAAAGAAGAGUGAAACAUUAAUUCACUGCUUCUGUUUUGAAGUUUAAAGUUUACAGUCUCUGUCGUCGUUGUUGUUGUUUUUGUGUUUUUAAAAAUUAAAGUGGCCUGAAAUCAGCCCAUGAAGAUGAUGUACUCAUCGAGAAGAAAGCCUGUCCUUUACUUCAAAGAGGAGAAAAGGUUCCUGUCUGGUAAAUGUACGGUCUACAAGCUGUUCGGCCUGUGCAUGGUGCUGCUGCUCGUCUCUCUGCUCUGGCUGCAGCUCAGCUGUUCGGGCGAGAUGUCGGCCACCAUGUGCGAAGACAGGCGCCCCCCCCAGCAGCAGCCGGCUCAGCCGCCAUGCCCCGCGGCCGACAGCCAGGCGUCUGCAGCGGACGACCCCUCCUGGGGUCCUCACAAACUGGCCCUCGUCGUGCCCUUCAGAGAGCGCUUCGACGAGCUGCUGGCGUUCGUUCCCUUCAUGCACUCGUUCCUCAACAAGAAGAAGAUCCGCCACAAGAUCGUGGUCAUCAACCAGGUGGAUCACUACAGAUUUAACCGAGCGUCUCUGAUCAACGUGGGCUACCUGGAGAGCGGGAACGACACGGACUACCUGGCCAUGCACGACGUGGACCUGCUGCCCCUUAACGACGCGCUCGACUACGGUUUCCCCGACGACGGGCCGUUCCACGUGGCGUCCCCGGAGCUGCACCCGCUGUACCACUACAAGACCUACGUGGGGGGGAUCCUGCUGCUCACCAAGAAACAUUACCACAUGUGUAACGGGAUGUCGAACCGGUUCUGGGGUUGGGGCAGAGAGGACGACGAGUUCUACAGACGACUGAGAAAAGCCGAGUUACAGCUCUUCAGACCGACUGGAAUCACUACAGGAUACAAAACGUUCCUCCACAUCCACGACUCGGCCUGGAGGAAGAGGGACCAGAAGAGAGUAGCCGCCCAGAAACAGGAGCAGUUUAAGGUGGACCAGGAGGGAGGGCUGACUAACCUUCGUUACCAGGUGGAGUCCCGCCAGCAGCUGACCAUCAGCGGAGCUCCCUGCACCGUCAUCAACACCAAACUGGAGUGUGACCAGAGCCUGACUCCCUGGUGUCUUCUGGCAUAGACGGCGCGCGCCUAGCCCCGCACCUUUUUAACCGCAAGUACGAGUCCCGUCUGUCCACCUGGAGG